CAAAAGCUUUUGCUGAGCUUUCAAAGUUUUUAUUAUGAAAUCAUAUGUUUAGCGUCAGUUUAUAAAUACAGCAGCAACGAGAGAGACCUGUUGUUAGUCUCUCUGUUUACCCAAAAGAUAUAAUCUGCAGAAGUAAAGCAAAAUAAAAAAAUAAAUACAAUAUUAUGGCUAACGAUAAAGCAGAUAUGGAUACAACAGUAAGCACUACGAUAUUAGCAAUAGGAGACGAGACGGAAGACUCCAACCAGGAAAAGCCUGAAAAGACAUUAAAAGAUUUGGAAGUUGAGUUCAAAAACUAUUUUAGCGUACUCCUAAUGGGAAAUCAUAAGCCCAAAGACGAAGCCGAUGGCACGUAUCUAUUGGAAUGGUUUGGCAUGGAAUCCUUCAGAAGAGAAAAUGAGCCCGUUCGCUUUCAAUUUUACUGCGUGGGCGCACAGAAAACAAAGCCCGUGAAUGCAAAUCCGUUUCACUUCUUCCAAACGAUCAAUGCACAGGCCUUGAUGCGUGAGGUGAGAAAUACUCUUAAGGAAGAACGUUGGAUAUCAAGGUAUGAGAUGAUUGGACCUAUUAAAGGCAAACUUAACCCAACUCGCCAUGACGAGGAAAUGUAUGUUCGACGUGCAGUCUAUGAUGCACUGAUUGCUGAAAUGCAUCGAGAAUCGGGUGUAUUGCUUCCCUAUUUACUCCAUCUACACAGGCAAUAUGCAAAAUAUAAUACAAGACGUUAAGCCAUUGUUGCCUUUGACUCAGGAAUUAAGCUCUAUAAGGAAUACUUAAUUAUUUUAUUAAUUACCUUAAUUAACUUUUACUCAUACAAGUAUUUUUUACCUAUCUAAAUUUAUGUUGAGCAAUAAAUACUAUUUAUUUAUAUUUUGUACAGAAGAGUUGCUCGUAAAGCUUUGUUUUGGGCAUAAGUCAUAGUCAGUCAGUCAGCUGUGCCGGAUUUUCUUUCUUUGUAUCAAUGGAAAACGUUCAAUCAAUAAUUAUAUUCAUAUUCUGAUUCUAAAUAUAAAAAUAUAUACUUAUAGUCUAAGAUAACAGAAAAAAAGCAUGCUAAUUGCAGCUUUAUCUAGAUGGAACUAAAAGCUUUCUCGAAGAGCUUUUGACUGUUUUGCGAAAUUACUAAUGUUUAGUAUUUGGCUGCGUAUAUAGCGUCAUCGAAGGCUGUUGCCAAUAACAAAGCCAGAGAGAGAGUCAAUACAAACGUUGCCAAAAAAAAAAAAGAAAAAUAAUAUAGUUUAAAUAAUUAUGAAUGAAGAAACGGAAAUUGAAGGUGAAAGACCUCUAUCAACGCAGAAAGCAAAAGUAUUGCUCAUUGAGGAUCCCACAGAAGGCGUAAAUCUCAAAAAGCCGGAACAAGAUGCCAUCAAGAUGAACUACAUGAAUUAUUUGAGUUUAAUUCUAGUGGGAAAUCCAAGUCCAAUGGAAGUUGUCAAUGGCGAGUAUCCUCUGGAAUGGGUUGGAAUGGAAGUCAUUAGGAGAGAAAAUAAAUCAACUCUUUAUCAAUUUAUAUGUUUGAGCGCUCAGAAAACCGAGCCUAAGAAUGUUGACCUAGACAAAUUUUACCAGACAAUGAAUGCAAGUGCCCUAAUGCGUGAUGUUAGACAAGUUCUUAAGAAGGAACGUUGGAUAUCAAAGUAUGUGGUAACUGGACCUCUCAGAGGCAAUGUAGGCGAUUGGGCCUAUAAUUCCGAAGAAUCCUAUAUUAUGAAUGCUAUAUAUAGGGCAGUUCGAGCCGAAAGGCUGAAAGAAAGCGAAGUGAUAUUUCCUUAUCUGCUCUAUUUACACAGGCAGCGUGUAGAAAAUAAUCGGAGACGUUAAGCCAUUUACCUGUAACAUUGUUUUUAACUCAGGAACUUAGAUAGAGAAUACUGAAAUCCGUUGGAAGACUU